AGUUAGAAGGUAGAAGGAGCAAGUGAGCGAGCAGUGAGCAGCUGAGACUGUUCUCGAACCUGCUGUGCUACAUAGUAGGAGGCUUUUUUAGGUUGGCAGGUUGCCAUGGCAUCUGGACCCCAUAUGACGGCCCCCAUUUGUCUGGUGGAAAACAACAAUAUGCAGCUGUCAGUGAACCAGACGGCUAUACAGAUUCUUGAAAGGAUUUCUCAACCAGUAGUGGUGGUGGCCAUUGUAGGACUGUAUCGUACUGGCAAAUCCUACUUGAUGAACCGUCUUGCAGGACAGAACCGAGGUUUCCCUCUGGGCUCUACAGUGCAGUCUAAAACCAAGGGCAUCUGGAUAUGGUGUGUGCCUCACCCCUGCAAGCCAAACCACACCCUGGUCCUUCUGGAUACCGAGGGCCUGGGUGAUGUGGAAAAGGGUGACCCUAAGAAUGACUCGUGGAUCUUUGCACUGGCUGUGCUUCUGUGCAGCACCUUUGUCUACAACAGCAUGGGCACCAUCAACCACCAGGCCCUGGAGCAGCUGCAUUAUGUGACAGAGCUCACAGAACUAAUCAGGGCAAAGUCCUCCCCAGAAAAGGAUGGAGUACAAGAUUCCACCGAGUUUGUGAGUUUCUUUCCAGACUUUAUCUGGGCUGUACGGGAUUUUACCCUGGAGCUGAAGUUAAAUGAUCAUCCUAUCACAGAAGAUGAUUACCUGGAGAAUGCCUUGAAGCUGUUACCAGGCAACAACUCCAGAAUCCAAGCAUCCAAUCUACCCAGAGAGUGCAUCAGGCAUUUCUUUCCAAAACGGAAGUGUUUUGUCCUUGAUCGGCCAGUAAAUGAAACAAAAUUCCUAGCUAAUAUUGAGAAUAUAUCUGAACAUCAACUGGAUCCUAAAUUCCUGACACAAGCAAACAAUUUUUGUUCUUACAUCCUCACCCAGGCAAGGACCAAGACUCUCAGAGAGGGAGUCACAAUCACUGGAAAUCGGCUGAAGACUCUGGUGGUGACCUAUGUGGAUACCAUCAAUACUGGAGCAGUGCCUUGUUUGGAGAAUGCAGUGACAACUCUAGCCCAGCUUGAGAACUCUGAGGCCGUGCAGAAGGCAGCCAACCACUACAGUGAGCAGAUGUCCCAGCGACUGACACUCCCCACAGACACGCUCCAGGAGCUGCUGGAUGUGCAUGCAGACUGUGAGAGGGAAGCCAUUGCAGUGUUCAUGAAGCAUUCCUUCAAGGAUGACAAGCAGGAUUUCCAGAAAACUCUUGUGGAACUCAUAAAGGAUAAGAAAGAGCAUUUCUUGCAGCAGAAUGAAGAGGCAUCCCUUAAAUACUGUCAGUCCAGGCUUGAUGAGAUGUCACAGGUCCUAAUGGAAAGUAUUUCAGCAGGAACUUUCUCUGUUCCUGGGGGAUACAAGCUCUACAGGGAAGCAAAAGAAAGUAUUGAACGGAAAUAUUCACAAGUCCCCAGGAAAGGAGUGAAGGCGAAUGAGGUCCUCCAGAGCUUUCUGCAGUCACAGGCUUCAAUAGAGGAAUCCAUCUGGCAGGCAGAUAAAGCCCUCACUGAUGGGGAGAAGGCCAUAGCAGAGGAGCGGCUCAGCAAGGAGGCAGCUAAGAGAGAACAGGAGAUGCUAAAACAGAAACUACUGGAGCAGCAACAGCAGAUGGAGGCGCAACAGAGGAGUCUCCAGGAAAACAUAGUCCAACUGGAAGAGAAGAUGAAGAAGGAGAGAGAAAACCUAAUUAAAGAACAGAAUAUGAUUUUGGAGCAUAAGCUGAAGGUCCAACGUGAUCUGCUCAAUGAAGGAUUUAGAAAGAAAUCUGAAGAGAUGAAUGAAGAGAUAAAGCAGUUGAAAUCUAGGGUUGAAGCUACUAAAAAUAAUGAUACUCCCUGGUUUUCACAAGUCUUGGAGAAAUUUGGCAAUGAGAUUGUUUCAAUAUUUACUUCUCCUGUUAGAAUGUUAGAUAAUAUUGUGCAUGGUGUGACCUCAUUACUUAAAAAGAAUUAGCUCUCCUUUUAAAGAAAUUAAAGAAUGUGGCUAUAUAUUGUGACCUAA